AUGGAUGAUGGGAGCAGAGUUCUCGAACGCACUCCCUCGCUCCUUGUCGCGGGAUCCCGCACAUUUCCCAACUUCUGGCAAAAUCUUACGGACAAAGCCUGGAUACUGCUUGACAGCUGCUGGGCGCCGACCAGCGGAACACAUCUCGCUCCUCCUUUCCAAAUAUAUCUUCUCGUGGCACCCCAUUUCUGGUUCCCAGCGAAGCAGCACGCACUCAAUGCUCCAAGAUUCAGACGCCAGGAUUUGAGCCUGGCCGCCACUCCACUCAUACCCGGUUCAGCAAAGGCCCUUGGUUUCAUUGAUUGGCAGGAUGUGGUGAUUCUUCCACUAUUUAUGCAAGCAGGCAAGCAGGGGGGGCGCCCUGCAUUCCGUGAACAUGACGUCUCUGGCGGGGAGCAAUUUCUUGUUAGACUGCAAAAAUGGUUUUAA